UCUCGAUUUAGGUAAACAAAAUAAAACGUGCGCACCGUGUUUUGCGAUCAGAAUAUCUUAAAACGUUUCUGAAUUUUAAAAAUCCUAUUAAUUUAAACCAUUUAAUCGGAAAUGAGUGAUUCGGAAUCCGAUGGGAACGAGCAGCCAGCGGGAGCCGAUAUCGAGCAUUUCAAUGGGCCGGUGGAGAAUGCGUGGCUCCUCAAGAUACCGGAAUUCAAAGCCGAAGACAAUCCGAACGGGCUGCUGGAGGAAAGUUCGUUUGCCUGCCUCUUUCCCAAGUAUCGGGAGAAGUACAUCAAGGAAUGCUGGCCCCUGGUUGAGAAGGCGCUCGAAGGGCACCAUCUGAGGGCGGAACUGGAUUUGAUUCAGGGCAACAUGGCCGUGAAAACCACCAGAAAAACGUGGGACCCCUUCAUUAUCCUGAAAGCACGGGACCUGAUAAAGCUGCUAUCCCGUUCUGUUCCCUUUGAACAAGCGGUCAAAGUGCUGGACGACGAAAUCAGCUGCGAUAUUAUCAAGAUCAAAAAUCUGGUUCGCAACAAGGCUAAAUUCGUCAAGAGGAGAAAUCGCCUGAUCGGUCCUAAUGGUUGUACUUUAAAAUCCUUGGAGCUGCUCACCAACUGCUACGUGCUGGUUCAGGGUGCUACUGUUUCUGCCAUAGGCCCUUACAAAGGACUGCAAUGUGUCCGCAAGGUGGUCGAAGAAACGAUGAAAAACAUCCAUCCCAUUUACAACAUCAAAGCGCUGAUGAUCAAACGGGAACUUAUGAAGGACGACAAGCUGAAGGACGAAAAUUGGGAACGGUUCCUGCCAAAGUUCCAAUCCAAGAACACAACCAAACGGAAGAAGCCCAAAGUGGUUAAGAAAAAGAAGGACUACACACCAUUCCCACCGGCGCCGCAGGAAAACAAAGUGGACAAGGAGCUUGCAUCGGGCGAGUACUUCCUUACCGAUGCCCAGAAGAAGGCUAAACGAAACCAGGAACGCAAGGAGAAGGAAAAGAAGAAUUCCGAAACCCAGAAGGUUCGCCGCGAGAAGGACUUUGUCGCGCCGGAUGAGAGUAAGUUUAGUGGAAAGACUAACAAGGGCGAUAAGGCAGGCGGUUUGGAUGUGAAAUCACUCAAAAGCAAAAUAGCGAAAGCGAAUAAGAAGGUAAAGCAAAAUAAAUAGAUGGGU